GAGACGCAGAGAGAUCCGACACCGAAGGAAGAAUCGGGCGAGACAGACCAUAAGAGGAAUAAGAGGAAGAUAGUCCACAAGGAGAAAGGAGAGGAUAAGAAGAUAUUGAGAGGAAAGAGAGGAGAAAGACCAAAGAAACAGAGAAAGAAAGAGAAAGAGAGACAGAAAGAGAGCGAAGAAAAUAAAGAAAACAUAUAAAACUAAAAAAAAAGAAUAUAACCCAAAGAAAAGGGGGAAAGAAAGAUAAAAAAAAAAGAUAAAAGAUAAAGAGAGAGAGAGAAAAAAAACUAUGGGGACGACUUUCCGAUCUCGAACAGUGAAGCCCACGGUUUUCGUCGCCAUAAUAUCACUGUUAUUCUUAUUCGUCCUUCUUACAAGAUAUCCACAAGCAGUGAAAAAAGAUGCGGAUGGCUCCCGGAGUGCGGUGCGCUUGGAGGGCGUCUCGGAGCGCGUCGACUGGGAGGAGGAGCAGUCAACCCCCGCCCCCCAGACAGUGCCGCCCCCCCGGCCCCUCCUCGUCCUCGCCCUCAGCUCGCUCGCCCGGAGCGGCUCGACCCUCAUGUCGCAGUUCCUGGCCACCCUGCAGGGCGCCGUCUUGUUCUUCGAGCCGAUGUGGAUCAAGGAGCACACCCCGUGCGCCGAGGACGCGGCGUGCGUGGAGCGCUACGUGCGCAGCAUUUUCAGCUGCACGUUCUCCGAGGAUUUCGAGGAGUGGUUCCGCGGGAAGGCGCUCUUCUUCAACAAGUUCCACCAGGACGUGAGAGCCUGCGCGCGGCCAGGGAACAGGACCAAGAAGGAGUGUAAGGACUCGGUCGACAUCCGCGGCAUGUGCGAGCGCGCGCCGGUCAGAGCCAUGAAGAUCAUCCGCACGAGGCUGGCCUUCCUGGAGCCGAUGAUGACGGACCCGCGGAUCAACUUCAAGGUCAUCUACCUGACCCGAGAUCCGCGCGGGUCCCUCAACAGCAUCCGCAAAUACGGCUGGAACAGAGACCCGCUGCUGCGCUGCUCCCACCUCGAGGCGGACCAGCUGGCCGCCGCGAAGCUCACCCAGCUCUACCCCGACAAGGUGAUGCACCUGAAGCACGAGGACUUCUGCCUCGACCCGAUGGGCAGGGCGGCCGCCAUCUUGGCCUUCCUGCGCGGCGACCCGACCCUUCCUCGCGCGCUCAGGGCCUUCCUGGUCGAGCACAUGGCCACCAGGUCGACCAAGGGCGGCAUGAGCACCAUCCACAACAGCUCCGAGGAGUACGAGGCCUGGCGCCACGAGAUCACGGAGGCGCAGCUGCUGGAGGUCGAGGGCGAGCCGACGUGCGUGCGCGCCAUUCGGAGGAUGGGCCACGUGGUCUUCGGCUCCGUCCGGAGGGCCAACGACUCGGCCAUCUCGCUCUUCGCGCCCACGGAGGAGUGGCCGAAGUAUUAA